AUGCCAAGCUCUCAUUGGCUCUGGGUUUCUGCAGAGAUGGCAUCCUUGCAAGGCCGGCCGGGUUCUUAAGCCGAGGGCGGCAUCCUUUUGCCUUCAGAAAGGACUUUUCUGCCGCCCAGACCUUCCCCUCCAAUGCAGCAACUAGGAAACGUACAGUAAACAAGAGCAGCAUCCAAACCAUGAGGUCCCCAGGCAGCUUGGGGAUGGAGAGGGCCCUUCUGCUGGCAGUGCUACUCUCAACAAUGGUGCUAAAUCCAGCUUUGGCCAUCCACGUUUACACAGAUCGGGAGAUCCAUGGCACAGUGGGCUCCAAUGUUAAGCUUUACUGCUCUUUUUGGUCUAACGAGUGGAUCUCCGAUGACAUUUCGGUCACUUGGCACUUUCAACCGGAAAGCAGCAGAGACAGCUUAUCGAUAUUCCAUUAUGCUAAAGGCCAGCCUUACAUAGACAACGUGGGGAUGUUCAAGGAGCGCAUUGAGUGGGUCGGGAACCCACGCUGGAAGGACGGCUCCAUCGUCAUCCAUGACCUGGAGUACACGGACAAUGGCACCUUUACCUGUGAUGUCAAGAACCCGCCGGACAUAGUUGGGAAGACCUCUCAGGUCACGCUCUACGUCUUUGAAAAUGUACCUACCAGGUAUGGCGUGGUGUUGGGAGCUGUUAUUGGAGGCGUUCUGCUCGUGGUUUUCGUUGUCUUGAUAUUAGCCUACCUUAUCAGGUAUUGCUGGCUGCGGAGACAAGCAACGCUCCAACGGAGACUCAGUACAAUGGAGAAGGGGAGAUUGAGGCUGGGCAAGGACUCAUCGAAAAGAGGCCGUCAGCCGCCUGUCUUGUAUGCCAUGCUGGACCACAGCCGCCUCACCAAAUCCGCCAGCGAGAAGAAGUCCAAGGGAGGCCUGUGCGACUCCCGCAAAGACCGGAAAUAGCGGUUAGCCAGCAGAGAAGGUACCCGAAAGAAGGCGGGAGACAAAAAGGUCGUCAUGACCAUCGAGAUGGAACUGAAGAGGGACCAGCUUGAGGUCGAGGGCCACAAACCCGCCGUCAAAUCUCCCAGCAAGAACAGCCUCAAAAACGCACUCAUGAACAUCAUCAAAAGCGAUUCGGAAAAGUGACCGAAAGGGUGGGUGGGUUACAACCUUAUCCCUCCACUGCUUGGGGAUGUUUUUGCUCUUCACUCAACUGUCUCGGCUUUGUUUUCUGUCCCAUCCUGCAUUUCAUUUGUUUAGCUAGUCAGGGCCGAUGGCUUUUGGAAAUAUAUCCCUUGUUGUUUCGUCUUAAUUGAGACGCCUUGGCAUCAUAUCUGUGUAGGAGAUUAUUUACGCACAUUUAACAUUAUUAAUAGUUAUUCCUAGGCAACUAGGAAUAACAGGGGCAGAGAUCCAACCCAUGCCUCUCCCAUAUUAGGAAUGUCCUCUUCUCCAAAGUCCCAGUCUUGAAACAUCAUGAGUGAUAUUCAUGGCCUUGCGGUAUGGCAACCAACAUUAUUUUUGGGAAGGCAAUGCAUAGGCUCACCUUGUUUUGGUCAUAGCAAAAUCAAAACGUCCUUGGGUAACACAACUGUGCAAAGGGAGAGAACAUCUAUCUUUUGCUUCCAUCGUAGCAGAGCCUUCCCUUGAAAGUUAGAUCUCCAUCCUGGGCCAGUGGGGACAAAUUCCCAUCCAUUCUUAGGCCAGACAUGAUGCCAUGAGGACUAAACAGCCAUCCCUCCUAGCCCUGCAGUAUCCCCUCGACAUCUUAAAUACGGACCAAAAUGAUAUAGAUUCCAUUGUGACCACGGUACCUUCUUCUGCUUAGAUGGCUGUGAUGACCCUCUUCUGCUUGGUAACUUGACCACAGGUGUAAUAUUUCAUUUCCUUUUUAAUCAAUGGAUUCAAUAUAUGUAUGCAUAUAUCUAAAUUCAUUUACACAGCUUAGGCCAUAUAUCUAUUUUUUCACCAAAGACCUAUUUCCGGGUAUUGUACGGUCAGCGAA